ACUCCAGCCAAGCCAUCGUCUGCUGAUAUUCCGGUGUCAUCUGAUGUUCCGGAAGCUGUCCAAGAUCACCCAUUCAGCAACAGUAGUGUUCAAAUUACAGACGACAACUUGGAGAAGAAACGGAAAAUAACCAGACCCUACAGUCAAAAAGAAAGUGAUGAAAGUUUAACCUUACAAGGAGAAAUCCUGCAGAUUCAGAGAGAAUCUCUCGAGGUGGAUAAGGAAAGGUUACGAAUGGAAAAGGAGCGACUGAAUAUAGAACGCCGUCGUCUUGCAAUGGAAGAAGAGCGUUUCUGAAGCUACCAGGAGAGUCAGUUUUAUCCAUGUCAGUCUCCAGUGCUACAGUUGGAGGUUCUGAUGAAUAUGAACUCUUUAGCUCUGCUUUUAUGAAUAGUACACACAUGUGUAAUACCGGUACAUAAGCUUGGUAAUGAGUUAACUGUUAGACUUUAAAGUCAUUUGUAGUUUUAUUUCAUUUAGGAAAUACAUUCUAAUAGAGAGGAAUAAAUCUAUUUACCCAUA